GGUUAGAUGUUGCAGUACAGAAGCAGGGCCACUGAAGUAAAGAUCUGUGCGUGGAACAUUAGUUGUAAAACAUUAAAACAAUGGGUUUUACCCUUCUCCUGUCCGUUGCUUUCCUAUCAGUCACGCACGCUUCAAUAAAUGGGCCAAGCUCAAAAGAUGCCACAGUGGGGGAAUCAUUCGAACUCAUAUGCAAUUUCGACACAUCUUAUCACGAUUAUCAGAAGUAUUGGUGCAGAGGCUACUACCAAAGGAGCUGUAAUAUCUUAGUACAAACCCAAGGCUCUGAAAGGAAAAGCCAAGACGGCAGAAUAAAAGUGAGAGCUGAUAAUGCAAAAGGAGAACUUAGGGUAUAUAUGGAACAAAUAACAGAAAACGAUAAGGGGUGGUACUGGUGUGGAAUAGCAAGACACCACAAUCUGGAUCUACUAAGUCCCAUAAAACUUAACGUUGUUCAAGCUCCAAAGUCACUUACUAUGGACAAGGAAAGACUAAGACUUUUCCUGACGCUUGGACUAAUCUUUGGAAUUUUGACGGUGAUGCUUCUUGCACUUGUGAUCCUAGUCAUCAACAAAAUAAGGAAGCACAAAUAUAACGACAACAGAGAGAAGGAAUCAACAAUAGAAAAUUCCAUUCCGAAGUCAAACUCUGUGUUGUCCAGAGUGUUGGAAGGAGGAGUUACUUAUGCCACUGUGACAAUUCAGCCCAUCAAUCACCCUCAGGAGGACUCCGCUACUUACAAUAAUGUGAAACCUUCCAACAGUCAGGAAGCAAUCAAACCAUCAGUUACCGAGCAUCCUGCAUCAGAACCUACAGAGUAUUCCACAGUUGUAUUCAAAAAGUAAUGUUCUUCCAACAUGAUCUCUACAAGCUGCUUUUGACCCACUUUCUGAAGAAUGAUAUUCCUGUAAAUUGUAAAUUAUUCCUUUACAGCAUGAGUAUAAUUUUGCACCUUGUGCAUAUUGGAAAUAUCUUAGGCAGAGUGCCUGAAUUUUUCCAAUAUUUACCAGUGGCUUGAAUCCUCAGAAUUUUUUUCUCUAAAGUGCCCUCUGAAACAGAUAGUUUCUCUCU